UCUAGCAACUACCGUGGACUAGUUGUCUUAAAACCUGCAGGUGUGGUGUAACCGCGUGUGGCAGCAAUCAUUAAUGGCGCCCUAUGAAUUUUUUGCUGAAGCCCAAUAGCAAAUUAUGCAUUUUAUUUAAAGAUUUUUUUAUUUGAAGAUCAUCGUGAGUUGGCAUUAAGCAAUGAAGCUGAUAACUGCUGUAUUUAAUGGCGUGUUAGUGCUUCUAGUAGCCUUAGGUGUUAUAGAUAUAUUCUUCACCUAUGAGACCAACAGGUGCAGCAUGACCUACAUGUUCGAAUAUCCAGAGUUUCAGAAAAUACAACUUCCCAAAAAAGUUUCCCUACUUUAUCCAGCAUAUGAAUUGCAUCUGUAUGGUGAAGGUGUUUACAUGGAAGAAAGCAGAAAUUUUUCCUUAACUGGAAUUCCAGUUUUAUUUCUUCCUGGAAAUGCUGGCAGUUACAAGCAGGUUCGUUCUAUUGGAUCAAUUGCCCUUCGAAAAGCAGAGAACAUUGAUUAUAGAUAUCACUUUGAUGUUUUCAGCAUCAAUUUCAAUGAGGAACUUGUUGCACUUUAUGGAGGCAGCCUGCAGAAACAAACCCAAUUUGUUCAUGUAUGCAUUAAAGCAAUCCUACGCCUUUAUAAGAACCAAGAAUUUCCUCCACAAAGUGUUAUACUUCUCGGACAUUCGAUGGGUGGCCUUAUUGCAAGAGCAUUAUUUACGUUAAAGAGUUUCAAGCCUCAAUUUAUAAACCUCAUUAUAACACAAGCUACACCUCAUGUUAUGCCAGUAUUGCCUAUAGAUUAUUAUAUAACUGAAUUUUAUGCCUUAGUGAAUGAUUAUUGGAAUUUGAAUGCAAAUCGGCUUCGAAAUACAACUAUACUUUCUGUUGCCGGUGGAUUUCGGGAUUACCAAGUUCGAUCAGGAUUGACAUUUUUGUCAUCACUAAAUAUCAAGAACAGUGCCUUGUCUGUUGUGAGUACUGCCAUUCCAAGAACAUGGGCAUCAACAGAUCACCUGUCUAUUGUGUGGUGUAAAGAACUAAUUUUGGCUACUUCAAGAGCUUUAUUUGACCUGAUUGAUGAAGAUACAAGACAGAUAACAGAAGAUUCUGAUAAAAGAAUGGCCGUCCUAACACAUCACUUUGUCAGACAUCCAGCAAAACUGUAUGAGGCAUCUUAUGAAACAACCAUAAAAAUUUCAGAGACCUCAGGAUGGUUCUUUAUCAAAACAAGCUACUGGGGUCUUACAGUUAAAAAUGCAUACAAUGAAACAUAUUUUGCAUUUCCUCUUCUUAAUAAAAGAAAAACACAUAACCAGUUUCACUGUCGAAGCACCUUCUUGUUUACUUACAGUUGGAUAUUUGGAUGUAAUGAUAAAGAUGCAACCAAGUGUUUAGAAAUUGAAGAUUUAUCCUGGAGAGCAGAGCUGCUACCUACUGCAAAAGCUGUAACCUUAACACUUGAAGAUUUUUUUAACACUUCCCAUUUUGUUCUUUAUCUGCCUGCAACAAAUAACAGCAAGUUUUCAGUGGAGUGUGAAUUCAUAAAUGAAGAACUGAGAACCACACAGUUGCCUGUUCCAUAUGCAUUUCCAUUUGGACUGUCAUUAAGUCACAUCAAGAUUAAUUCUCCUGGACUCAUUAAUGUUUUAAAUCUUCAAGGGUUCAAUAAGAUAUACCAGGCUUUUAACAUCAUAAUCAAGAGAAAUUGUACUCAAUCAAUAGAAAUGAAAUCUACUAUUUACAGAUUACAUGUGCCAUGGUCACAUGAGGAUGUCAUUAGAGUACCAAGUGAUGAACUACCACUUCAGCUGUCUGCCAAGUUGCAUGUUCCUCAACCCCAAAAUGACAGUAGGAUGGUAAAAUUAACUCUGUACACAUCUAAAGAUUGCCAUUAUGAGGUAACCAUUUAUACAUCAUUAGUACAAAUGCUCGGACAGAUCAUCAGAUGUCAUUGGCCAUCACUUCAUGUUUAUAUUGUUUCUAACCUGCUUCUUGCGUUUGGUGCACAACUGUAUACAAUAUCCAACAAAGGGUGCUGUUUAGAAUUUGAUGCAUCAUUGGAUGUUGCUGCUAAACCAUACAAGGUUGACCCUGUUGUCAAUAUUUGUCGAAUUCUUCUCAGUUAUGACUGGCUCAGAGAUAUCUGGGAUAGCUUAUUGCUUCCACAUCUUGAUUCAUCAGAGUUAUAUUCCAUGAACCUUCUGUUUCCACUGGGAUCUCUAUUCCUUUUCAUGCUUGGUACUGGUAUAGCAUAUUGGAGUGGAAUAUUGUUAAAGUCAACAAUUGGAAUACUUUCAUCAACAUGGAACACAUUCAAAAGCAGAAGCACUCAUUUUGCGAAAGAGACCAAAAUUUGGACAAACAAGCUGCUUGCAGAAGCUUUGGUCUUCUCAUUUGUUGCUUGGAGGACCUGUGGUGCAUUUGCUAUUUUACUUUUGUUUCUUCGUUAUAUGAUUAAGGUUGUCAAGUUGCAGUCUAAUCUGUGGAGACUACUAAAUUCAGAAAAUGUUGCUACAAGUCAUAUGUCUGCCAGCAAACCCACAAUUACCCUAAUUAAGGAGAGUUCUAAUACAGCAGAAAAUACUGUUGAAUCAAUCCUUAGUCCACAGAAAGAAGCACUAGAUGUUCCACUUUAUACUUCUGAUUUAAACACAGCUUCUGAAACCAUAAAGAUGCACGUUUCAGUCUUGAACUUACUGUUAUGGCUAACCCUAUUGACUUUACCUUGCUUUAUUUACUGGUUCAAGAAUUUAAGGCACAAGAAACACAUAUGCUUUCUGUACCCUAACUGUAGGCCAAGCAGCAAUGCUACUACUUUCAGAAAUAAUAUUCGACUGGACCCUGAUCCUUUGAGAAUUUUGGCAAUAAUACUCAUCUUUACAGUAGAGAUUUUGAUGAACUCCACGUUAUUUUCAAUAAAAUCCAGCAAACUCUUGAAGAUUACAGCUCGGCUUCAACUCCCCUUUUCAGUAUUAGCUGUGGCAUUUGGACAGCUGCAUUUAUACAGAGUACCUUAUUUUAUUACUUUAUCGCUCUUUCUACAUUCAUUGUCAUGCUUUAUAUAAUAGAGAUGGUGUUUGAGUCUAAGCUUAAAUUUUUGCAAUAUGUUAAAUAAAUUUACCAUAGAACUACCGGUAUAUAAUUUAUAUUUCAAUUUUCCUAGGAUUACGUAUUUGUAUAUUAAUAAUUUAGGAAAAUACUAUAUAAAAUAUUCUGUUGAAAACUAAAUAAUCUCUUUGAGGUUUAUACAAUUUGUAUACAGAAUGUUUUAAUUGCAUUUUGUAGAACUGUUUAUUGUACACAUAGGGGUUCAUAUUGUGGUGUACUUUUGUCGCAUAUUCAGUCGCAAAGGAGAUUUGUGGCUCAAUCUGCGACUUUUCCCUGUUCGGGUGGCUGAGGUGGCGGAAAUGUGGCUGGGUAAGGACAGGUUAUUUAUCAUUUUCUACACCCAUUUUUGGUGUAGAAAAUGACUUAAA